UAUUGGUAGUAUCCAGGCACGUGGGAAGAGGAGGCGUGGUAUGACGUAAAUAGGACGCAGGUCCCGGAAGAAGAUAUUGGAACGCACAACUCGUAGGUUCUGUUGAAACGCACUACCCGGAAGUAAAUUAGGCUUGCAGGAAGUACUGGAUACGCUCUUUUCUCGGAGAGUAUAGAGCGGAGACGCGAGGGAAGUUGCUGGAGGCUUCCUUCUUGUCAAUUGUCCUGUGACAGAAAUGGAGAGCAUCAUUUGUAAGAAUGAAGGAGAGCAUAUCCUUAUGCCAGGACUAGAACUAAAGAUUGAAGAUCAGUGCAUUGUGAAUAUUAAGCAGGAGGGAGACACGCACAUUAAGCAGGAAGAAGAUCCUAUAGUUAUUACAGCAUAUGGAACCAGUAACAGAAAUACCCCAGAGAGAUGUCCCAGCCCUCUGUAUUCUCAGGAUUCUAUACAGGAUGAUAUUAACCCUUACAGACAUUAUAAGGAGGAAGACAUAAAUAUUGUGGUGGUUGAUUCAGAUCCAGCACUCCGUGCCCAUAAUGACCGUCUUAAGAUUGAUGAAGAUGAUUUCUCUCCAGAUAUCAAUACAGAUGGUGGUAUGCCUAGGACAAUAACAGCAUUCAAGAUGAGAAACAUUAAUGUCCAAGAGCUAAUCCGGGCUAUAGAGGAACAUCCAGAGCUGUAUGAUACUUCCUUAGCAUCCUACAGUGACUGCUAUAAGAAAAAGGAGGCUUGGGUUGAAGUGACUCGUCGAGUGACCCCACAUUGGCACACUAUGUCAAGAAAAGAGCGAGAGCUACAAGAGCGCCAGCUAAAAAUCCGUUGGAAGAGUCUGCGAGACCGUUUCAAGAGAGAUCUUAAUGCCUUAAGCACUCAGAGGACUGGGUCUGCCAAAAAAGUGAGAAUUCAUCGUUUUUUUGAGAAGCUACAGUUCCUCAAGGCUUCAAUGACAACACGAAAAACAUCUGGAAAUAUCAAAGAGGAAAGCGAGGAGAGCAUGCCCAUCCCUGUGGCUGAGGCUGCUGGCGAGGAAGAAGCAGAGACUGAGCCUUCCCAACAGGCCGAUUCCUCAGUCAGCAUCGCCAUCCCAACAGAGGAGAAAAUCCUGCGACCAUCUUCACAGCAGCGGGGUAAAAAAGUGCCAAAGAAAAAAGUCAGUUUUCCCGACCCCCUGUCAGCAGAAGUAAUGUCCGUCUUGGGGGAGAUGAGGGAUCAACUGCGAGAAGCCCGUGAACGUGAGCCAGCCCGCCAAGAAGAAAGCAUCUCCAGCUUCCUAAUAUCCCUAGGAGAUGACAUGCGGCGUAUUACUCCAGAACGACUGCCUCAUGUCAAGUUUCAGUUGAUGCAGGUGGUCCAUCAAGCUAUAUAUGCCCCUGCCACAAUGCCUGUAUCGUCAUUUUCUACAACCUAUCCCUCUUCUAACUCGUCCUCAUUUCCUCCCUCUUUAUUGACCACAGAGACGCACACACAUGAUUCCUACACUACAACACCAUCCCCCAUGCAUCCUCAUAAUUCAUAACCAUUGUACAUGAUGUACAUUGCUUAUCCUACAUCCACCAUAAGCUAUUUUACAACCUCCCUAUUUUUGUUUUGGCUCUGCCACACCUCAUGCAACAUUUGCUUUCAAAACUUGUAAAUAGGCCACUGUGUUUUUUAAAUUAUUUUUUUC